UUCAAUGCUAAUAAGAACAAUUUCAAAUGAUGAAUCAAUUAUAUAAUAGUCAUUUUUUUAUUAAAGAUCAUGUACGGUAGUCAAAGCACUAAUAGCGCUGCAAUCAAAAGAGCCAAGUUUCCGCAAUCCAGCUACAGCCUAGCCUACAGCUGGGUUGUUUGCUCUUGUUCUGUCAGGCUCUGUUUUCUUUUUCUGUUCUGUUUUCUCUUACUAACUUACAUGAGUUGAGUUUUGAGAAGAUCAUCCACUGAAGAUAAGUGAAGCUAACAAAAUUAUUGUGGUAUUUGCUUUUUAUAAAAUUUUGAUUAAAGAAAUCUUAAUCUAAAUAAUAUUUUUAUCAUGGAAAACACUCCUAAAUCAGAAUCUUUUGAUUCAAAUGUUGAAAACAUGGAAGACGAGGGAAACACAGUUACAAUGUUGGAUGUUCUUGAAGAACAGCAAAAAUGGGAAACUCAAGCCUAUGCAGUUUUGGGUGCAUCUGAUGAUAAAAACUGUUCUUAUAAUAAGGGAUACGUCAAACGGCAAGCUUUGUUUUCUUGUAAGACUUGCAUUGAAAACGAAGAUAAACCUGCUUGCAUUUGCCUUGCUUGCAGUUAUCAUUGCCAUGAGGGACAUGAUCUGAUUGAACUGUAUACAAAAAGGAACUUCAGAUGUGAUUGUGGCAACAGCCUUUUCAAAGGAAAGAAAUGCAGCUUGGAACCAAAUAAAGAACUGAACGAGCUGAACAGCUACAACCACAACUUUCGUGGCCUCUACUGCGCCUGCGAAAGGCCCUAUCCUGACUUGGAGGAAUCAGUUCCAGAUGAAAUGUUGCAGUGUAUCAUCUGCGAAGAUUGGUUUCACUCUAGGCAUUUGGGUGGCUUCCCUACUGAGAAUAAUUUCUGUGAAGUGAUAUGCGCCUCUUGCACUGAAAGACUCGACUUUUUGCGGUACUACAGCGGAUACACAAUGAAGAAAAUUACGGAAGAAACCAAUGACUUUUCCACUGUGAAUAAGAAUGUGGAAGAAACCAAUAACUCUUCCAUCGUGGACGUGGAAUCGCCGAUUCCUAAUGACCCAGCAGCUGCAACUGUCAUAGAGGAGAUUACCAAACCGGCUUCAACUAGUAUGGAAAAACAAAAUGUUGAAAAUUCCAAGGAACCAGAAAAAGCUGAAGAGUGUCUAUUGAAAACGAUGAAGCCUGUCGAUAUGCCUGCCGAGGAAGCCUCUUAUUGGACAGUAGGUUUUCGCAAAUCAUUGUGUGUCUGCCAGAGUUGUCAAAAAAUGUACAAGGACCUGAAUGUGAGUUUUCUUACUGAUCUCUCCGAUUCGGUCGGGGUUUACGAGGAGGAGGGAUUGAAGGAACGCACCAAAAAAGUAUCUUCUACAAAUGACGAAACAACUAUGAAUGCUCUUUCGACUCUGAAUCGUGUGACGCAAAUUGAAGCAAUCCAGCGUUAUAAUGAGCUUCAAUCGAACUUGAAGGAGUAUUUGUUGAAGUUCGCAGAAAAUAAAAAAGUAGUCAGAGAAGAAGACAUUCAUGAAUUCUUCGAACAAAUGGCGAGGAAGAAGCAGAAAGUGGAAGAGGUUCCUUACUUCUGUCGUUAACUCAAUGUGAGAUACACUUUAAAUUAUUUUAAUUAUUAUACUUUUUGUAAAAUCACAACCAGAUAUUUUUUCUGGUUAUUUUCUCAGGUUUCCUUGUUUAUUUUCCAUUGUAGUAUUGAGUUAUUAUUUCGCUGUCCAGUUUAUCUUCAUUGAGUUUUCGAAAAAGUCAGUCUUUAUAUCUGUACCACAUUCGAACAUUUUUGUCGUAUCCACUAAAAACCUAUUUAUUACUAUGUAAUCUGUGUGAUAGACGUGUCAUUGCAACUUCGAUAAUAAAUUAUUUUGAUUGUAUUGUAUUGAUUAUUCGAUAAUUUUUUUUCUACAAUUAACUUGUGAAUAAAUUUAUUAAAAUUA